GAUAUGCAAGAUGAGAAGAUUACUUGGAAUACUUGUACUUUUGAAAUAUUGCAUUUGCGGUGAUGUGGUGAACUUUGAUUCAGACAUCAAGGACUUUGUAGUUGGUAAAGGUAUGUUAUUUGUUCUUACUGACCAUCGACUACAUCAGAUGAGCCACGAUCUUUCUGAGGAGAAGAGGAAAAUAAUCACUGAUGCCACUGAACACAACAGAGUCAACAUUCUGGUGCCUUUUGACGCCAACAGCACCCUGAUAACGUGCGGGACUUUAAAAGAUGGAUAUUGUGAAGUUCUUGAUAUAAAUGACAUUACAAACAGCAUUUACUAUGAAAGCAAUAUAUUGGCAGGACCGCGACAGGAUGAGAAAUCUGUUGCCUUCAUAGCCGGUACAGGUAGCAGUAGGUACCUUUUUGUUGGGAAAAAAGACGACGAUGCAAAAGCUCAAGAUACCAGGUAUUCUGUUGUUACCUUGUGGAACACUUUACAGUCUCAGUAUGGUGGGAUUUUCUCAAAAAUAGCAGAAGGAUCAGAUGCCAUCAUUCAGAGCACAGUGAGAGAUGUGGAGUUUGUUGGCGGAUUCCAGAGAGUUUCACCCUCAGAAUCCUACUUAUUUCUCAACGCAAAGUCUGGCUCAGAGAGGAAAGUGCUCGUCCUGUGGAUGAACAGCUCUAAAGGAAAAAAGAGAGACAUCAUCAAAUCCCUACAGGCUGCAACGAUACGAUGCUGCAGUGAUAAAGCUCGUCCAGUGCUCGUCGCCUGCACUGUUAUUCCCUCAGUGAACAGCGUUAUUUGGGCAGGUGUGUUCAGUGCGCAGAAUCAGCAGGAUCCGGAGAACAGCGCGCUGGCUCUGUACGACAUCAGGAGCAUUCAAGGCCGAGUGAAGGGCUUCUGCGCUUAUGGUGAAAAACCAUGUGGUUCAAAGAGUGAUACUGAACUUCAGCCGCUCUCUGUGGUGUUCAAGCACAGCUCAAUGUCAGCAGUGGCAGCAGUUAGAAGUGGAUCCUGGAUUGUGCUGUUCAUAGGAACCAGUGAUGGUCAACUCAUAAAGCUUGUGUUGGAUGAGAAAUUCACUCCAGGAUGUCCAACAGUGCUGCUGAAAUCUGAUGGUGAACGAGCAGUGUUUCCCAGAAUGCACUUUGAUCCAGUAGAUUUCAAACAUAUUUUCAUCGCUCUGAGGAAACAGGUGAGAAGAGUGUCUGUGGUUUCGUGUGCUAAAUACAGCACUCUGAAAGACUGCACAACUGCUUUGGAUCCUCUCUGCGGCUGGUGUGUGAACACACAAAGAUGUUCUACUCAAGAUGAGUGCUCGAAUACUUCAUGGGUGUCCAUCCCAAAAAACUCUCUUCAGACGCGGCUGUUUUCUUUUCAGAUGGCAGAGAAUUCUUCUAGAAAGAUUACUCUAAAUCUUGCAUUGAGCCUAGAGAGCACAGGAAAUCCUGCCUUCUCAUGUACCUUCACUAAAGGAAGUGUAAACCUGUGUGACGGGUCUGAUCCGCCUGCAGUUUUCUCAAACUGCUCCUGUAGUUUUUCUGACCAGAUGAAGCCGGAGAUUCUGUCUCUGGAGCCGAACAAGGUUUCUUUCCAUGGCAGAAACAAUGUUUUACUAAGAGGAAGGAACCUGGAAUCUGUCACUAAAAUCCGUAUUCAAGGGUAUCUGGACUGCAUUCCUAAAGAAUCUCCAGUGUUUGAUCGCUCCAGUGACACUCUAAGGUUCCACAUUCCUCCCAGUGAAACUAAAGGAACAGUGAAAGUGUGUGUUGUUACUCCUGACGACCGUUGUCAUGGUAACAGCAUCAUCACUUACAGUUCUCAGCCCAGCUGCACUGGAAUACAGCCCACACUCAGCUGGAGCAGUGGUGGAAGGAAGAUUCAUAUUCAGGGCAGCGAUAUGGAAUUAGUGGAGUCAGUUACUGUACUUCCCUCUAAUAAAGUGCUAAAAACACAAUACAGCACAAGCUCGGGGGAUGUGUGGUUUCACUCCCAUCCUUAUGAUCGCAGUGGUCUGUUUAGAUUGUUGUUAAAUGUUCAGAACUCUGCUGUGGACUGUGUGGAUUAUUUUUCCUACAAGUCUGAUCCGGAAUUCACUGAAUUUACCACCUUAAAGGUGGCCAAUGAUCUACAGGUGAACAUUCAGAAAAAGGCAGAUAUGUUGAAUUUGAGUAUGAGUGAGGUGACUGUGACGGGUCUACAGGGAGAUUGGCAGUAUCUGUGUGUUUUGGAGAAGAUUGAGUCCAAUGCCGUCAUCUGUAAAAUUAAAGGAGCCUUCCCAGCAGUGGACUCACUCACUAUCACGGUUGGGAAUUAUGUUCUUGGGAUGAGUAGUACAAAGUAUCUGUUCUGCCUCAGUCCACAGAAUAUAACUGGCCACAAAUGA